AUGAACCAGCAAGCGACGUACAGCAGCGAUUUGAUUAACGUUCUUGGUAGCAACUUGUUGAUCAACUUUGAUGUCGACAUUCGCGGCUCUAAGCCUGAGAUUCGUAGCAUGGACUACACGAAUGUCAGUGUCAACGGUGACGCUAUCUACCGUGUCGAAGGCAGUGUCUGCGGUGGCAGCGGUGACCAGCCAAAGGGGUACAAUUGCCCAUUGAAAGAUGCCAUCGGUGUUGCCAACUGUUUGGAUACUAUGAAAAGAUUUCGCAACGACGAUAUACGGGAGGUCGCAGCUGUAAACACUGGCACAAGUGUCUCGAGUUCCGACAAAGGGUGUACGCGUACGAUUUGGUGUGGAGACGACCCGACAACACACAUUAAGUCAGGAGCGAGUACGGAAGGCGACAGCGUGGGUCUCACUUCAGAGAUUGAAGAGAACGACUGCACGCCUAUAAGCGUCGCAGGUGAUGCCACUUUCUGCAUUUCCGGUCCAAGUUGUAGUGGUGACGGCGACCAGCCCGCAGGCGAUCGAUGUCCUGUGCAAGGCGACGUUGCAGUCAGCGACUGUCUUGUCAACCUUCCAAGCUACUUAAAUGGCCAGUGUAUGGUUCCUAAGGAAGUGUAG